AUGAUUAAAAAAAUAUCUCAUCAGACAGAAAUUCUCAGCAGCUUUCUGUUUACCCCAGCACAGCUUUCUGUUUACCCCAGCACAGCUUUCUGUUUACCCCAGCACAGCUUUCUGUUUACCCCACCACAGCUUUCUGUUUACCCCACCACAGCUUUCGGUUUACCCCACCACAGCUUUCUGUUUACCCCACCACAGCUUUCUGUUUACCCCAGCACAGCUUUCUGUUUACCCCAGCACAGCUUUCUGUUUACCCCCAGCACAGCUUUCUGUUUACCCCACCACAGCUUUCUGUUUACCCCACCACAGCUUUCUGUUUACCCCAGCACAGCUUUCUGUUUACCCCAGCACAGCUUUCUGUUUACCCCACCACAGCUUUCUGUUUACCCCAGCACAGCUUUCUGUUUACCCCACCACAGCUUUCUGUUUACCCCACCACAGCUUUCUGUUUACCCCACCACAGCUUUCUGUUUACCCCACCACAGCUUUCUGUUUACCCCACCACAGCUUUCUGUUUACCCCAGCACAGCUUUCUGUUUACUCCACCACAGCUUUCUGUUUACCCCACCACAGCUUUCUGUUUACCCCACCACAGCUUUCUGUUUACCCCACCACAGCUUUCUGUUUACCCCACCACAGCUUUCUGUUUACCCCACCACAGCUUUCUGUUUACCCCACCACAGCUUUCUGUUUACCCCAGCACAGCUUUCUGUUUACCCCAGCACAGCUUUCUGUUUACCCCACCACAGCUUUCUGUUUACUCCACCACAGCUUUCUGUUUACCCCACCACAGCUUUCUGUUUACCCCAGCACAGCUUUCUGUUUACCCCAGCACAGCUUUCUGUUUACCCCAGCACAGCUUUCUGUUUACCCCACCACAGCUUUCUGUUUACACCACCACAGCUUUCUGUUUACUCCACCACAGCUUUCUGUUUACCCCACCACAGCUUUCUGUUUACCCCAGCACAGCUUUCUGUUUACCCCAGCACAGCUUUUAUUGUUGCAGGUUUUGAUGGACAUGGGCAGAUAGCCGUAGCCGUGGCGCAGAGGGCCCCUUUGGCCCACCUUAUGAGCGAGAUGAUUGAAUGUGAGUGUGGAGGGAUGGGGCAGAGGGGACAGGCUGUAGCGCCUCACCCGUAA